CCUGCAGUGUUUCCACAGGAGAGUAAUGGAAUAUGAGGAUCCCGACGUGCCCCCCACUGACACCCCCAUCAAGAGAGCCCAGAUUGAAGCAAUCCCGUGCAAGAUCUGUGGUGACAAGUCCUCUGGAGUGCAUUAUGGAGUCAUCACCUGCGAGGGCUGCAAGGGAUUCUUCCGGCGCAGCCAGCUGCCCACUGUGUCCUAUUCCUGCUCCAGGCAGAGUAACUGUCAGAUCGACCGGGCCAGUCGCAACCGCUGCCAACACUGCCGUCUGCAGAAGUGCUUGGCACAGGGCAUGAGCAGAGAUGCUGUGAAGUUUGGAAGGAUGUCCAAACGUCAGCGGGACUCUCUGAUCGCCGAAGUGGAGAAGCACCGCCAGCAGCAGCAGCUUCAGCAGCAGCUUCGGGGAGACGUCCAGUCUGUGUUGUCCUUCCCUAACAAAGCCAGGCAAGACCGCUCCCCCCAGCUACUCCAGCCCAUGGCUCCAGCCUACUCUUACACUAGUGAGGCUGAGCUGCUGUCCUGCACCACUGAUGUUCACCCUUACCUUGUGUACUCUGCCAACGAGUCGCAGGUGUCAGGGAUGAUCUACAGAAACUCCGGUGUCUCUCCCACACCCAGAUCCCAGGGGCGGGGGGAUCACAAUGGACACCCUGAAAUAAGAGGGUUUGAAUUGAGACAGCCAUCUCAUGAUCUGAUGGCGAUCCAUCCCUUCAACCCUCUGGAGGAAUCCUACGGCAUUUAUCCUCAGUCUCUGAGAAACAUAGAUGAGCUUUGUGCCAGUAUUGUGCGUUCCCACCGAGAGACCAGCCAGUACAGAGUGGAGGAGCUGCAGGCUCUCAGAUGGAAGCUGUUCAGUAGAGAGGAGAUCCAAGCCUAUCAGAGCAAAUCAGUGGAUGAGAUGUGGCAACAUUGUGCCAUUGGACUGACCGAUGCCGUCCAGUAUGUAGUUGAGUUCGCAAAACACAUCCCAGGUUUCCGUAUGCUCAGCCAGAACGACCAGAUCGCACUUCUCAAGACAGGCUCCAUGGAGGUAGUUCUGGUCAGGAUGAGUCGGUUCUUCAACACUGAGAACAACACUGUCUUCUUCGAUGGGAAAUUUGCUGGAGUUGAGAUCUUCAAGUCUCUGGCGUGUGGGGAUUUGAUCACAGCAGUGUUCGACUUUGCUCACGACAUGUGCACUCUAAAGCUCACUGAGCAGCAGAUCGCUCUUUUCAGUGCUCUGGUGCUGAUCAACGCAGACCGUCCAUGUCUGGAGGACAGAAGCAGGGUCCAGCGGGUGCAAAGAAACGUGGAGUUAGGACUCACACACAUUCUACACCGAGACAACCAGGAAAGUCUAAUGCACAAGCUGUACCAGAGGAUGGCAGUGUUGCGUUCGCUGUGCAGUCUUCACAUGGAGAAGCUGCGCUGGUUCAGUCAGCGUUACCCUCUCACUGCUCACUCUCUGUUCCCACCACUCUACAAGGAGCUGUUUGCCUCAGAAGCCGAGCUGCUGCCAGGGACCACACACUGAUGAUUCAGUAGCAUAUGCAAACCACACACCCACACACCCACACACACACACACACACACACACACACACACACACACACACACACAUACACAUACACGCAUAGACACCACAAUUAUUUUAUCACUUUCUGACAGAGUCUAUUUUUCUAAUAAUGGAACUAAAUGAGAAACCCACAGUAAUCAUAGUGUGUUAAGUAUUACAGGAUCCCCAUCAGAGCUUUGUUUCGGUAGCUUAUGUCAAACAUGCAUUUUAAUGUUUUUAUAGCUUAAAACUACCAGUUUUACUACCAGGGGAGUUUUGUAUUUUGUAGCACCAUUACAGGAUUCGUUUUCCUUCAGGAUGUGCUGUUGUGAUUCUGUUCAGUUAAUGUGUGUCACAAUGCUUUCAGACUCAGAUUCAAAGAGGCAGCACAGUGGCAACAUGGUCCAUUAAGACGUCAAGUCGUAGUCCACUCAACAUCUGUCCUCAGAGGAUAAAACACUGACCACAGAACUGAAAAGUGACUCUAUGUUUAGCAUUUAUAUUCAGCUUUGGAUCCGCAGUGGAUUUGAAUCCGAUUGCAUAUUACAAAUAGAAAAAUGAAACAAAAUAUCAGGUUAAAACACCAAGACAAAAUUUGUACAGAAGCAACUAUGAUGGAACUCAGUAGAGCACAUACCUCUGCCAAGGCCCAACAGUCCCCAUCAGUCAA